AUGUUGAUCACGCAGAGGUUUGGUCCUUAUCGCUCAUGGAGAAGUGAAGCUAAGUCGCUAAGGCCGCAGGAAGGAGGAAUGCCUCUGCCUGCCGUACCCGUUCUUUUUAGCAAGCCGCGGCAUGCCCUCGGAGACCCUUUUCCAGCUGUCGUCUCUAUACCUAAAGCCGCACAGGACGGAACCAGCGACUACGAGGCUGAGCUAUGCGUCAUCAUUGGCAAGACGGGAAGGGAUAUUCCAGAAAAGAAUGCUCUCGAUUAUGUUCUUGGAUACACUUGCAGUAACGACAUUUCCGCACGGACAUUCCAGCUAAGCUCAACGCAGUGGGAUUUCUCUAAAGGUCUCGAUGGCAGCUGUCCGCUAGGGCCGGUACUCGUCACCAAAGAGGCAAUUAUGGACCCUCACAAUCUCAAGAUUAAGGCCAUCUAUAAUGGGAGUGUUGUUCAGACCGGACACACCGGAAAUAUGAUCUUCCAGAUCACCAAGCAGAUUAGCUAUCUAUCACAAGGUACCACCAUCGAAGCUGGUACAGUAUUUCUCACCGGUACCCCGGCAGGAAUUGGCUUCCUUCACAAUCCUAGAGUGGUUCUCGAGGAUGGAGGUGAUAUCAGGGUCUGGAUCGAAAAAAUCGGCACUUUGGUGAACAAAGUACGAUACGAGGAGUAA